AUGGAUACUCCUUAUCAAAGCCACAUAAAUAAAAAUGAUUUUGACUAUGUUUAUGAACCCGCUGAAGAUAGUUUUCUACUUAUUGAUGCAUUGGAAAAAGACCUACCUUAUCUUAAAGCUAAAGAACCAAUAUUUUGCUUAGAAGUAGGUUCAGGGAGUGGUGUUGUUGUUACAGCUUUCGGAAUGGCUUUUCCUAAAACUUUUUGUUUUAGCACAGAUAUUAAUUUCAGAGCAUGUGAAAUGUCCCUAAGCACAGCAAUUCAAAACAAUGUAUUACUAGAUGUUGUCAAUAUGAAUUUAGUUUCUUGUUUUGUUAAUAAUAAAUUUGAUGUUGUAAUAUUUAAUCCUCCAUAUGUUGUAACGGACACAACAGAAUGUGGAGGGAGUGGUAUUGAGGCAAGUUGGGCCGGUGGUGUCAAGGGUAGAGAGGUAACAGACAAGCUAUUGGAUGCUAUACCAAAGAUUCUGUCUCCUGAUGGCGCAUUCUACCUCUUGCUUAUUAAAGAUAACAUUCCACUUGAAGUUGUUCAAAUAAUGUCCAAAAAAGGUUACAAGUCAGAGACUAUAAUAACGAGACAAGUGAGAAAUGAGCAGCAAUUAGUUUUAAAAUUUUAUAAAUAGAAAAAUAUAUUAUCAUUUACAUUUAAUAUUAUAUAAUGUUAUAGGAUUAAGAACAUAUAUAUACAUAUUAAAAAUAUAUUUAUAAACACUAUUUUAAGUUUUUCUUGACAAUUGAUGCAAAGAUCUU